AUGGCCCAACGCAUGAUUCACGUGGCCGCGCUAGACGCCGACAUUCCAUGCCUCUCAGUAUACAAAGCGCGGGGUCUAUAUAGCUCGCACUUCCGCGUCCUUCUGCAAGCAGCUGCCGAACGCCUGAAUAAGAACCCAGAAACCCUCCGGAACGGACCUCUCGCCAUCCAUAUAACCGCCUUCGAUGCCGUAGGCGGGUCUCUGCCUCCUCUGGAAACCCUACGAACCAAACCUCAGUCGCCAGCCGAGCUUCACGCCGGACCACUGAGUCCAAUAGACGCAAUCUUAAUCACGGGCUCAGCAGCCUCGGCUUAUGAAGACCAGCCCUGGAUCCAUGCAAUGCAAUCCUUCAUCCGAACAGUGCACACCCACUACCCCAACAUAAAGCUCUUCGGCUCCUGUUUCGGGCACCAGAUAAUUGCGCAAGCCCUCCUCAGCAAUAUCGCCAACCCCAUCCACUCACCAAUAUCAACAUUCCACGUCGAGCACUCCCCAGCCGGCUUCGAAAUGGGCAUCCAGCCCAUCACCCUCCAGCCCUCCUUUACCGCGCACUUCCCGCCUCUCGCACGCGCCACAGCUCAGCACCCAUUCCGCAUCCAGCUGAUUCACGGCGACGCGGUGGUGCCGACACCCGAGGCCGAAGCUGCCGCGGACGAUGCGGGAGUCGCGCUGCCGGAACCGUGGUCCAGUAUCGGGAAUAGUGCGCAGUGCGCUAUCCAGGGUCUUUAUAACCCCGGCCGAGUCCUGACGUACCAGGGGCACUUUGAAUUAGAUACUUUUGCCACUGGGGAACUUGCGCAGGAGUUUGGACGUCGUGCGGGGUGGUCGGCGGCUGUUGUGGGAGGGUAUCUGGAGCAGAUUUAUCGUUCGCGCAUUCCUGGGUUUGAGGAUGAUGAUGAUUCUAAGGCUGCUGCUGAGGCGGUUUUGUUGUUCUUUGCUGGGGAGGAUGUGGAUUCUAUGUGUGGUAUUGAUACUGGGAUGAUUACGCCUCCGCUGGAUUGA